CGUCCAAACUUCCGGUGCCUGCAGAGCGCGGAGAGGCGGCUGCACAGAUAGAGGCUGCACGGGCAGAGGCUGCAGGGCGGACGCGCGGCCGGGCGCAGCCAUGGUGAAGAUCAGCUUCCAGCCCGCCGUGGCCGGCAUCAAGGGCGACAAGGCCGACAAGGCUUCGGCCUCGGCGUCGGCCGCGGCUCGGGCCCCGGCCGCUGAAAUCCUGCUGACGCCGGCUCGGGAGGAACGCCCCCCCCACCACCGCUACAAGAAGGGGGGCUCUGUGGGCGGCGUGUGCUACCUGUCGAUGGGCAUGGUCGUCUUGCUCAUGGGCCUUGUGUUCGCCUCCGUCUACAUCUACAGAUACUUCUUCCUCGCACAGCUGGCCCGGGACAACUUCUUCCACUGUGGCGUUCUCUACGAGGACUCCCUGUCCUCCCAGGUCCGCACUCGGAUGGAGCUGGAGGAGGACGUGAAGAUCUACCUCGAAGAGAACUAUGAGCGCAUCAAUGUGCCCGUGCCCCAGUUCGGCGGCGGGGACCCUGCAGACAUCAUUCACGACUUCCAGCGGGGGCUCACCGCCUACCAUGACAUCUCCCUGGACAAGUGCUAUGUUAUCGAGCUCAACACCACCAUCGUGCUGCCCCCUCGCAACUUCUGGGAGCUCCUCAUGAAUGUGAAGCUUUGUAGCCUCCUAGGCCGUGCCCCGCUUCAGCAGUGCAGGGAACAGGUGGGGUCGCCCCCCUCCCCGAGCAGCACUCCCCGUGGGAGACCAGACCCCCACACGUGCGGCACGGUGGGCACCAGUGCUUGGCACAAACGGAAGGUGCCUGGAGACGUCAGAAGGGCGAGGCCCGGGGCCUCUGGACGGGGGAGGCGGACGCGUGCGGACGGGACCCUGCCGGAAGAGGGACCUACCUCCCGCAGACGUACAUCAUCCAGGAGGAGAUGGUGGUCACGGAGCACGUCAGCGACAAGGAGGCCCUGGGCUCCUUCAUCUACCACCUGUGCAGCGGGAAGGACACCUACCGGCUGCGGCGCCGGGCUACCCGGAGGCGGAUCAACAAGCGAGGGGCCAAGAACUGCAAUGCCAUCCGCCACUUCGAGAACACCUUCGUGGUGGAGACCCUCAUCUGCGGGGUGGUGUGAGGGCCUCCCCUUCCAGGCCCCACCCUUGCCCUCUUCCUUCUUUCCCUUCUGGCCACUCCGGCCCUCCUCCUUCCCCUCGCUUAGCUUGUACUUUGGACCUUUCCAUAGACGUGACGUGUCUCCUGGUUCCUUUCCAGCCCUGCCCGCCUCCCUGUACCAGAGCCGUGACCUCUUGAGGCCCCACCUCUUCCGAGCUCCCAGGUCUGGGGGACAGGAGGGCGCCACAGGGUGGUUUCUGGGACCACCGUCCUGAAGUCGGGUCCGCCGGGGCCAGCCCACAGCUGCACUGGCAGCCCAGGGGGAGGGCUAGACGGAGGGACCGGGCAUGUGGGGGUCCUGGGCAAGGGGACAGGGUGGGGUGUGGUAUGGGGUUCAGAGAUAUCUGCACAGUUGGGAAAGUCCCAAAAGGCUUGUUCCUUGGACAGCACAUUUCCUCCUGCGUCCAGAUUCCCAGACCUGGGCUGAGGGUAGGGUCAUGUGCCCAGGGAUGGACCCCCCCCCCCCCAGAGCACAAGGGAAGACGGUGUCCUGGGGCUCUCCCCCCAGGACUCCUGUCAGUGCCUUCAGCCCACCAAUGGGAGCCUGGAGCGAGGGGUGGGGAUGAGUCCGUCAAGCACAAUCGUUCUCCGAGUGGAACCAAAGAAGGGAGGAGCCAGGGCCCCCCGCCCUGGCCCCCCAGGAGCACAAGUGAGGUCCUGCAGCCAUGGCCACAGGAAGGGGACAGAGCAAGGUGGGCGGCCUUGCGGGGCUGAGCGCUGAGCAGAGACGAGGGGGUGGGCUUGUUGCUUUCUCCAAGCUUGGAGCUGUUUGAGAAGAUGAUGUGGGGGGAAGGGAGAGCCACCUGGUACUUGUGCACCCUGCCUCCCCCUCGUUCUGAAAUUCCGUCCCCCGGCUUUGGAGGAAUGCAGCCUUUUUUCCCUUUUCCCUCUCACUUUUGCAUGUUUUUACUGAUCAUUCAAUAUGCUAACCGUUCUCAGCCCUGAGCCUUGAAAAGGAGGCUUCGACGCCUCCAGCCAGACUUAGGUGCUCUCCGGAGAUGAAAGUCUUAAAUGCUUUGUAUAUUUUCUCAAUUAGAUCCCUUUUCAGAAGUGUCUGUAGAACAAUAAAAAUGUUUGACUUCUGA